AUGGCAAAAAUCGCUACAUCAUUUGUAAAUUGCUACAAGUUGACUCCUCAAACUAGUUUACCCCAGCUUAGUAGUUAUACCGAAGAGUUGGCUAAUAAACUUUCAGAUGGUAAGACAAAAGAGCAGGCCCGAAAAGCCAGAGAUCAGGCUAAAAGACGCUUCCAAGAGUUGGGGUUGAGCAAAGAGCAAGCUGAUACUCUUAUUCCUAUUCGAGCUCCUGGGAGACAUGUUGAUGAAAGAGAUCCCAUUAAAAUUAUUGCCCAAGAUAUUAUAAAAAAUAAUCUCUUACCUGAAGAAAUAAAUGGAAUAGCAUAUGACUUGGCUUCUUCUGCUCCCACUACUGCAACGAAAAUACCCUUUAUUACUGAAGAAGCAAAUCAGAUUCAAGCAAGAAAGCGUAUACUUCGUGGAAUUAAUGGUUAUGAUUGCCCUGAGUUCUUUUACCUGGAAAAGGUUCAGAAAAGACUUAGCGAAUGUGAUACUACCAAGCCUCCUUCAAUGCAAAAUCUAAUAGACGUAAUGAUAAUGCUAUGUAUGCGAUCAGCAGAUGUGAAAAAUCUUCGUAUCAACCGAUACAAACCAAGUCGCGAGUCAUGGUAUAAUCCUGACUAUUCUUUGUAUUGCACCGGUUAUGCGAAAAAUAAAGGUGAAGUAGAAGAACCCCGGCCCUUCCUCUCAAUGGAAAAAAAUCCAAUACGAGCAAGAGAAUUGCUCAUCUGGAUCCAGAAAUCAAUACCAGAUAAAUUUCCCUUCUUGUUAAAAGAUAAGGAUGGAAAUACUAAUGUUGUACCACUUAAUCAAUUCUUGAGUCGUCAUAGAAUUAUGUUAAGAAAAAUAGGUGCCGAUCAUGCUUCCAGAGUGCAUGAAGGGUUUGAUUGGUUCACUGGUCGAAAAUAUGAUGAUGAAGAGCUCCAGAUAUAUAGAGCAGAAAUUGUAACUGACGCAGAGGAUGGUUGGGUAAGGACAACUCUUCGUAUCAAAAAUCUUGCCGAAAGAAAAGGAAAAUCCAUAGUAGUACCUGUGUAUGAAUUUGAUAGAAGCGAAGCUUCAUUGCUACGCAAUAAUCAGUCGGUUCGGGAUCAGAAGAUACACACAUAUAUAAGAGCGUGCGAUGUCGCAAAGUAA